AAACAAACGAGAGAGAGAGAGAGAGAGAGUGACCCAGAGAAAAAUGAGAGGAAGAGAGUGAGUGUGCGUGUGGGCGCGCGCCUAAUAAUAGUCUAAUCAGAAGAAGAAAAAAAAGAGAAUUUAGUUCAUAAAAAGGGGUAGGGGGGUUGAUUAGGAAGGAGCUGAUAGCGCGUUUAGAGGAUAACCCCAAGGUGCAAAAAAUGAAAGAGACGUGUAGAAGGUACAAGGAGAAGAAUCAAGCAACAGAAGAAGAAAGUACAGUGAUGAUAAAGAUCCAGCUACUUGAGCUCCUCGUAUGCCCACCUGAGUUUCUGGGAAAAACCCAUCAAGCAGAGCCCUCAAAAUGGGGGUGGGAGGCGGAGAGAGAGGCACAACAACCUUCUCGUCUUCAGCUGCAAGCAACAACAACAUCAUGAGGCCCAACACCACCAACACCAACACCAACGACAGAAGAGACAAAGCAAUUGUUCAGUACAAUGCUGACGCUGGGCUCAUGGCUGAGUUUGAGCAGUCGGCGGUGUCUGGUAAGUCUUUUAACUACUCUAGAUCAGUAUUGCAUGCUCCACAAUCUGUGCCUGAAGAACAAAUAAUUGCAUAUCUGUCUCGAAUCCAAAGGGGUGGUACGAUUCAGCCCUUUGGUUGUAUGCUGGCGAUUGAGGAACCCACUUUUAGAAUUAUCGGUUAUAGUGAGAAUUGCGUGCGAUUGUUGGGUUUAGACAGCCAAUUUGAGUCAAAAGAAUUAAAGGGUCUGAUUGGGGUCGAUGCUAGAACCUUGUUUAGCCCUUCUUCGGGGGCUUCGUUGACAAAAGCUGCCUCAUCUAGAGAGAUUUCACUGUUAAACCCCAUUUGGGUCUACCCUAGGAGUAUCCAGAAGCCAUUUUAUGCUAUACUGCAUAGAAUUGAUGUGGGAAUUGUCAUUGAUUUGGAGCCUGCACAGUCGGGUGAUCCCGCAUUGUCCCUUGCGGGGGCAGUGCAGUCGCAGAAACUGGCUGUGCGGGCAAUAUCUAGGCUGCAGUCACUCCCGGGGGGAAAUAUUGGUGUGUUAUGUGAUACAGUUGUGGAGGAUGUUCAAAAGCUCACUGGGUAUGACAGGGUUAUGGUCUAUAAGUUCCAUGAUGAUGAUCAUGGCGAAGUUGUAUCUGAAAUCAGAAGGUCAGAUUUAGAACCGUACUUGGGUUUACAUUAUCCUGCUACGGAUAUCCCUCAAGCUGCUCGCUUCUUAUUCAAGCAAAAUCGAGUGCGGAUGAUUUGUGAUUGCCAUGCAAAUCCCGUUAGGGUCAUUCAAAGUAAAGAACUAAAGCAGCCUCUUUGUUUGGUCAAUUCAACACUGCGGUCACCUCAUGGCUGCCACAUGCAAUAUAUGGGUAAUAUGGGCUCCCUUGCCUCAUUGGCGAUGGCAAUUAUUAUCAAUGGUAAUGACUCAUCGAAGCUUUGGGGGUUGGUCGUGUGCCACCACACUUCCUCCCGCUAUGUUCCUUUUCCCCUUCGCUAUGCUUGUGAGUUCCUUAUGCAGGCAUUUGGAAUUCAGCUAUACAUGGAGCUUCAAUUGGCAUCACAAUUGGUGGAGAAGAAAAUUCUCAGGACACAAACCUUACUAUGUGACAUGCUGCUCAGGGAUGCCCCAUUUGGUAUUGUGACACAAUCUCCUAGUAUCAUGGAUCUAGUUAAGUGUGAUGGGGCUGCAUUGUAUUAUGGCGGGAAAUGUUGGUCAUUGGGUGUAACUCCAACUGAAUCACAGGUGAAAGAUAUUGUGGAGUGGCUGCUCACUAAUCAUGGAGAUUCCACAGGGCUGAGUACUGAUAGUUUGGCCAAUGCUGGUUACCUUGGUGCUGCUUUACUAGGUGAUGAAGUUUGUGGCAUGGCUACUGCAAGAAUCACUUCCAAGGAUUUCUUGUUCUGGUUCAGGUCUCACACUGCAAAGGAAGUAAAAUGGGGAGGAGCUAAGCAUCAUCCAGAGGAUAAAGAUGACAACGGAAAAAUGCACCCUAGAUCGUCAUUUAUAGCUUUUCUUGAAGUAGCAAAAAGUAGAAGUAUGCCUUGGGAGGUUUCAGAAAUUAAUGCUAUUCAUUCUCUGCAACUUAUUAUGAGAGACUCAUUUCAGGAUAUGGAGGACAACAGUUCUAAGGCAUUAAAUAACAUUGAGCAGAAUGAUACUGAGAUGCAGGGGAUGGAUGAACUCAGUUCAGUGGCAUGUGAAAUGGUUAGAUUGAUUGAGUCAGCAACAGUUCCUAUUUUUGGGGUUGAUUCAGCUGGUCUCAUCAAUGGAUGGAAUGGAAAAGUUGCUGAAUUGACAGGACUGCAAGCUAGUGACGCCAUGGGGAAGCCCCUGGUCAAUGAAAUUGUUCAUGAGGACUCACGUAAAACUGUUGAAUAUCUUAUACGCAGAGCUUUGCGAGGUGAGGAGGACAAAAACAUAGAGUUAAGAUUGAGGAACUUUGGGCUUGAUCAGCAAAAGUCAAUUGUUUACAUUAUGGCCAAUACCUGCACAAGCAGGGAUUACACAAACAAUAUUGUUGGGGUGUGCUUUGUGGGUCAAGAUAUUACAUGUGAGAAAGAAGUUAUGGAUAAGUUUAUCCGUUUGCAAGGGGAUUAUAAGGCUAUCAUACAAAGUCUGAAUCCAUUGAUUCCACCCAUAUUUGCUUCUGAUGAGAAUGCCUGCUGCUCGGAAUGGAAUGCAGCCAUGGAAAAACUAACUGGUUUUAGGAGAGAAGAAGUUAUGGGUAAAAUGCUUCCUGGGGAAAUCUUUGGAGGAUUCUGUCAGCUGAAAGGUCAAGAUACACUAACUAAGUUCAUGAUUUUAUUAUAUCGAGGAAUUAGUGGUCAAGAUACCGAGAAGUUCCCUUAUGGGUUUUUUGAUAAAAAUGGAAAAUUUGUAGAGGUAUUCUUAACAGCAAACAAGAGGACUGAUGCAGGUGGCAAUGUAGUUGGCUGUUUCUGCUUCUUACAGAUUGUUGUUCCUGACCUGCAGCUGGCCUUAGAAGGAUGCAGGGAAGAGGAUAGAGAAGAAUUUUCAAAAUUGAAGGAGUUGGCUUACAUACGACAAGAGAUGAAAAAUCCUCUAAAUGGUAUUCGCUUUACCCACAGACUCCUCGAAAAUACAACUGUUUCAGAACAUCAGAAGCAAUUUCUUGACAUUAGUGAUGCAUGUGAAAGACAGAUCAUGACAAUCAUCGAGGAUAUGGAUUUCAGAAGUAUGGAGGAAGGUAGCUCGCAGCUAAACAUGGAAGAAUUUCUCUUGGGAAAUGUUUUGGAUGCCAUUGUUAGUCAAGUCAUGAUCUUGCUGAGAGAAAGGAGCUUACAGCUUUUUCAUGAGGUUCCAGAUGAAAUGAGAACACUAUCUCUAUAUGGCGAUAAAAUUAGGCUUCAACUGGUCCUGGCAGAUUUCUUGCUUAAUGUGGUGCAUCAUACACCUUCUCCUGAUGGCUGGGUGCAGAUCAAAAUUUCACCUGGUUUGAAGCUUAUACAGGAUGGCAAUGAAUUUAUUCGUUUACAAUUCAGAAUGAGUCACCCUGGCCAAGGCCUUCCUUCUGCUCUUAUCCAAGACAUGUUUGAGGGAGGAAACCAGUGGACAACACAGGAAGGCUUAGGUCUCAACCUCUCUCGGAAACUUCUCAACAGGAUGAAUGGUCAGGUUCAUUAUGUUAGAGAGCAUAAUAAAUGUUAUUUCCUCAUUGAUCUUGAACUUAAACAAGCAAAGAAAGCUAAAGAGGGUAACAGGCAGUUAAAAGCAGGAUGACCCAACUUUCCUGAACCACUCUUAAAAGGAGUCAGGAAGAUUAUCUGCACUGGCACCUCAAUUAUGGCUAUCUGUGUUGAGAAAAUUCUCGUAAACCCUUCAUGGUUUGUCAAAAAUAACUCCUUCCCAUGUACCAACUGUUUCUUCGUUAUAUGCUGGCAAUGUGUAAAAUUUUAGUGUUAAUAUGUGUAAAUAUAUUCUCCUGUCUAAAUAGAUGUGUAGGAGGCAAUGUGUCAGGUUAAAUAUUGGAGGAGUGUAGUAUGAAUGUCUGUUUAAGUUUACCUUUACAGUCUUUCUUUUGAAGAAUCUAAGCUGUAAUCUUCGCAAACUGUGGCAAGCUUUUUUAGCAUCAA